UUUUCUUCCUUAUUUUCAUGUUUUUAGACUUGUAUGACAGAACAUUUAUAAAGAUGUGUUAUGUUUUUUUUCUGUUGGCAAUAAUAUGUUGUAAAAGUUCUUUGAAAAUCCAUGAUAAACCUGGCUCCUCCGUACACAGGAGAGUCCUGUAUCAGGAAGGAGGAGUUUCCUGUGGGACAGGUAGAAGAAUCUCACCAGCUAUCUGAUGUUACCUUCUUACCUGUAUAGAAAGGAAACUGAAAGUGAUAUAGAAGUUCCCAGAGCAGCUAUCGCCUCUCUCAUGUCACUUGAGUUCUGAACGGAAGAGAACUUCACAACAUCAUGAAAAUGAGGACAUUUUCCCCCAGAAAACAGGAAUAUAAAAGAAGAAUCAUGGAUACAAGACUUCAGAUCAACCAGAGACUAGCACUGUGGAGUGACAGUGUAACGGAACAAAUAUCUGGAACCAGAAAGACAUUGUCAGAUCCAAGCCAGCAGAACAGAAAUGGAUAUCAGGCUGGUGGUGUUGAGCAUUUUACUGGUUGCAGUAAGUGGGCGCUUGCACAGGAGACUCUGCCCGAAAUCCCGCUAUUUAUCAGUGACGUCUUCUGACAUAACAACACUAAAGGAGCUGCAACACGAUCAUGAAAAGAACAUGUCUACCAACGCAAUGAGAUGCUACAGAAGAAUGCUGAGACACAAACCAUCUGUAUGUGACCUUACGCAGAGGGAUCGUCUCAUCCUGACCCUGGAGCGGGUGUCACUAACAGUUGAGGUUCUAACGAAUAUUUCUGUGUCUGCUCAGGAUGAAUCUGUAAAACAGGCACUUAUGGUUUUCCUCAAACUGAAAGAUGAUCUGCUGGUCUGUAGAGGAUCUCCAGAAUACAAUGAGCCCACCUCACCCGAGCUGAAGCUGUGGCUACAUCACCUCCAACAUUUUAAGGAGGCAGCAUCUCCAGAUUGUGUCCAGGAGGCUGUAAUACUUAGUCUUAUCCCUCUGAGAGUGGAAGAUGUGACAUGUUGGGCUCUCAACCACUAAACUCCCUACUGUAAGCACAGAUAAGUAUCUAAUGCUUUAUAUGAACAUGUUAGAACCAGGAAGACCAUCAGGAUUAAGAAUAAGACGUAAAGGAUGGACUUUUUCAACAUAGACAUAUUUUUCUAUA